UUAUGACAAACUACUGGCUUAAUAAUUCAUUAAACAAAUCUUAGCAAUACAAAGCUUUGUGCUUAGAAAAAACAUAAAGCCUUGAAAAUGGAUGAAUUUAAUUUGGUGAGAAAUGGAACUGGGAAUCUAAACGUCAUCGGGAUCAUCGAAAGCUUAAGACUAAAGGAAUCCAUAGUUUCGCCUAAGAUGCUGGAUCGUAGUCCACCGUACUCACCAUUCUUUGGAGUGAUGGGCGUAGUUUUUUCCAGUGUGCUAACUUCGGUGGGAGCAGCCUAUGGAACUGCUGUUUCGGGAACUGGCAUCGCCGCCACAGCCGUAAUGCGUCCGGAGUUGGUCAUGAAGUCGAUAAUCCCCGUGAUAAUGGCGGGAAUCAUUGCCAUUUAUGGCCUGGUGGUGUCGGUUCUGCUCUCUGGUGAACUGAGACCGUCCCCCAAGUAUACACUCCCCACUGGAUAUGUGCACAUGGCCGCCGGACUCUCGGUGGGAUUCGCCGGACUGGCUGCCGGAUACGCCGUGGGCGAAGUGGGCGACGUGGGUGUGCGCCAUAUCGCCCAGCAGCCACGCCUCUUUAUCGGCAUGAUUCUGAUCCUCAUUUUCGCCGAGGUCCUGGGACUCUACGGCCUGAUCAUCGGUAUAUACCUGUACACGGUGAACAUCAAGUAACAAAUCCGUAAUAUCGCAGAGACAAAAGCUUAUGCUGAAACAAAAUAAAGGGAUUUUGAACAAAA